CCCCCCUUGUGUUUCCUAUCUUCCUCUGUACAACGACUUGGUUAGCCGAACGGGAUCGUUUCUACACCUGGCUGUCUUUCCCCAAGCAAAGGUCGAGGGGUUACCCGACACAUCUUGGUAGCUUUUCUUCUCUCUCAGCUCAUCCCUCUGUCUGGUUCCUCAUGAGUGACGGGGAGUGUGACUUCUUCUGCUUCUUCCGCUGCUGCUAAGCACUGCAAAGGCCCCUGGGAGACGCGGUCCGGUGUGGGGCGCACAGUGGCAGCGCUAGAGGCCGCUUAUCAGUGGAGAGCAGCGGUGAGUGUGCAAGACGCUAGGCCCUGAAGGCUAUGUCUGUGGACAUGAGUAGCCAAGCUUCCGACAGUAACGAGGACGAUUUUGGAGAAGAGGAGGACGAAGGGGCAGAGGAAGAUGAUCAGGGAGACAUUCCCGACUAUUACAUAGGAGUGGAGAGCGACGUGGAACAACAGGAAGCCGACGCCUUUGACCCGGAAGAAUACCAGUUCACAUGUCUGACCUAUAGAGAAAGCCAGAGAGUGCUGACGGAGGAGGUCAACCAUGUAGCCAGCACCCUGAAGGUAUUACCAGCUGUAGCCAAACUGAUCCUUGUACAUUUUCACUGGCAAGUGUCACAAAUACUGGACAGGUAUAAGUCCAACUCUUCUCAGUUGCUUUGCGAGUCCCAGGUUCAGCCUCUAAGUACCUGCCGAUCACUCACUGGCGGGGCGCCGUUGCAGUGUGGUGUAUGUCUGCAGUUUGUCCGGAGGGACGCAUUGCUGUCCCUACCAUGUCAGCACUCCUUCUGCAAGUCCUGCUGGGAGCAGCACUGUACUGUGCUUGUCAAAGAUGGUAUAGGAGUGGGAAUCUCCUGUAUGGCGCAGGAUUGUUCUCUCCAGACACCAGAGGACUUUGUUCUGCCCCUGCUGCCCAGUGAAGACCUGAAGGACAAAUACAGACGCUACCUCUUCAGGGACUACGUGGAGAGUCAUUUUCAGAUGCAGUUGUGUCCUGGUGCAGAUUGUCCCAUAGUCAUAAAGGUGCAGGAGCCAAGGGCACGCAGAGUUCAGUGCAGCCGUUGUGGUGAAGUAUUCUGUUUUAAAUGCAGACAGAUGUAUCACGCCCCCACAGACUGCGCUACCAUCCGCAAAUGGCUCACUAAAUGUGCGGAUGAUUCAGAGACGGCCAACUACAUCAGUGCACACACUAAAGACUGUCCCAAGUGCAAUAUCUGCAUUGAGAAGAACGGAGGCUGUAAUCACAUGCAAUGCUCCAAGUGUAAACACGAUUUCUGCUGGAUGUGUUUGGGAGAUUGGAAGACUCACGGUAGCGAGUACUAUGAGUGCAGUCGCUACAAAGAGAAUCCAGAUAUCGUCAACCAGAGCCAACAGGCUCAGGCUAGAGAGGCCCUGAAAAAAUACCUCUUCUACUUUGAGAGGUGGGAGAACCACAACAAGAGUUUGCAGCUGGAGGCUCAGACAUACCAGCGCAUCCAGGAGAAGAUCCAGGAGAGGGUCAUGAAUAACCUGGGCACCUGGAUUGACUGGCAGUACAUGCAGAAUGCUGCCAAGCUACUGGCCAAGUGUCGCUACACACUGCAGUACACAUACCCCUAUGCCUACUACAUGGAGUCUGGACCCCGCAAAAAACUGUUUGAGUAUCAGCAGGCUCAGCUAGAAGCUGAGAUCGAGAACUUGUCGUGGAAGGUGGAGAGGGCAGACAGCUACGAGAGAGGAGAGGGAGAGCUCAACGCCACCGAUCGAGGGGAUUUGGAGAACCAGAUGCACAUUGCUGAGCAACGGAGGCGCACAUUGCUAAAGGACUUCCACGACACCUGAACGUCUGAGCUAACAGAAGCAGUUUAUCUUCUCCUUGUCUUCUCUCAUCCCUCCAUACCUCUGCCCCCUCUCUCCAUUGCCUCGCUCCAAAGAUCCUUAGUCCUCUCCCUUUUUUUGAUUUCUGCUUAGUGAAAUUUUUCAUACAUAAUUCUUAAAUCGCUCGCUCUCUCUCUCUCUCUCUCUCUCUCUGCCAAACAUACUGCCACCUGCUAUUAUGUGUUCUCUUGUUUUUUGCCCAUCUCUUCCCAUUGCUCACUUUCAGUCACCUUCUCUCCCACCUGCAGGGGUUCAGAAUAUCGCGAUUGUACCAUAGCACAUUCUCGCACCCAUGUUUCAGCUCACCAUGUGCAUUUGCGCGCACGCACACACCCACACAGUUAAAACACUCCUCUGAAACAGUCGUGCGCUCUUCCUCCUGAUCCUCUCUCUUUCUACCCCUGUAAUCACGCUGUUUUUCUUUCAAUCUGUCUUUCUUCCUACCAUUGAUUUUUUUUUU